CUGCAUUGUGAGAAGGCUAGAGACUUAUUUCUUCUCCUCUUCCUCCUUUUCUUUUCAAAAAGAAAGCUCAUGGUCUGAGAUGCGGUGAAGUCCAGCCCAUUUCCCCACCCGUCCUACAGAUUCUGUAACAGAACAAUGUAUUUGCUUUGUUGGAUUUGCUGCAGCUUCUCAUUUAGAUGGACAGAACUUGGCAGAAGACCAAAGGGUUCCUUCCGAUCUCUCAGAGGCUUCCUGAGAGCACAGAUGGAUGAGCAAGACUCAGCUGGCUCUGGAACAGGAAGAGGCCAUGCCAUCAAAACUGGGAGCAGUGGGGGAUUCUGGGAAAACUCUGUACAGAAGAUCCUGGGUGAGGAGGACACCCUCUGCUCAGAGGUGCAGAGCCAGCAGGUGAGGCAGUUCUGCUGCCAGGAGGCCAAAGGACCGCGAGAGGUUUGCAGCCGACUCUACCACCUUUGCCAUCAGUGGCUGAAGCCAGAAAGGCACACAAAAGCUGAGAUGCUGGACCUGGUGAUCUUGGAGCAGUUCCUGGCUGUCCUUCCCCUGGAGAUGGAGAGCUGGGUGAGGGACUGUGGAGCGGAGACAAGUUCCCAAGCGGUGGCCCUGGCCGAAGGUUUCCUCCUGAGUCAGGCAGAGGAGAGAAAGCAGGAACAGAGUAAACAGGGAAAGGAUCUCUUUGCAGAAAUGGACCUGGAUUCCUGUGAGGCAGAGAGGCCUCCGUUGGACACCAGAGAGAGGCCACUGGGUGACAGAAGGAUGCCAGCAAGACCUCCUGAUCUGCCUUUUCAUGGGGGCAGAAGGGAAGCAGCGGCUGUGGAACCAGAUCAGGGUCCAGUGUGCUUUGAAGAUGUCGCUGUUCGUUUCACGGACGAGGAGUGGGCGUUGCUGGAUCCUGACCAGAGAGCUCUGCAUAAGGACGUCAUGGAGGAGAAUUGUGGGAUCGUGGCCUCUCUUGAUUGUGAUGAAUUGGAAAUUGAGAGCAAAGGUGACAACGAAAAAUUCCCCAGAGAGGAGAAGCCACACAAAAAUUUGGAGUGUGGAGAAAGCUGCAGUCAGAGCUCCCAUUCCACUUCCCAUCAACAAAAUGUCAUUGGAAAGAAACUCUAUCAGUGCAUGGAAUGUGGAAAGAGCUUCACUCAUAGCUCCUCUCUCACUUAUCAUCAAAGAAUUCAUACAGGGGAGAAACCCUAUCAGUGUGUGGAAUGUGGAAAGAGCUUCACUCAUAGCUCCCAUCUCACUUCCCAUCAAAGAAUUCACACAGGGGAAAAACCGUAUCAGUGUGUGGAAUGUGGAAAGAGAUUCACUCACAGCCACAGUCUCACUUCCCAUCAAAGAAUUCAUACAGGGGAGAAACCCUAUCAGUGUGUGGAAUGUGGAAAGAGCUUCAGUCAGAGCUCCGAUCUCACUAAGCAUCAAAGAAUUCAUACAGGGGAGAAACCCUAUCAGUGUGUGGAAUGUGGAAAGAGCUUCACUUACAGCCACAGUCUCACUUCCCAUCAAAGAAUUCAUACAGGGGAGAAACCCUAUCAGUGUGUGGAAUGUGGAAAGAGCUUCACUCACAGCCACAGUCUCACUUCCCAUCAAAGAAUUCAUACAGGGGAAAAACCCUAUCAGUGUGUGGAAUGUGGAAAGAGCUACAGGAAGAGCUGCUCUCUCACUUCCCAUCAAAGAAUUCAUACAGGGGAGAAACCCUAUCAGUGUGUGGAAUGUGGAAAGAGCUUCAGUCAGAGCUCCGAUCUCACUAAGCAUCAAAGAAUUCAUACAGGGGAGAAACCCUAUCAGUGUGUGGAAUGUGGAAAGAGCUUCACUGAUAGCUCCAAUCUCACUUCCCAUCAAAGAAUUCACACAGGGGGGAAACCGUAUCAGUGUGUGGAAUGUGGAAAGAACUUCAGAAAUAGCUCCUAUCUCACUUACCAUAAAAGAAUUCACACAGGGGAGAAAACCUAUCAGUGCGUGGAAUGUGGAAAGAGCUUCAGUCAGAACCAAAAUCUCACUUCCUAUCAAAGAAUUCAUACAGGGGAGAAACCCUAUCAGUGUGUGGAAUGUGGAAAGAGCUUCAGUCAGAGUGCCAAUCUUACUUCCCACCAAAGAAUCCAUACAAUGGAGAAACUCUAUCAGUGCAUGGAAUGUGGAAAAAGCUUCAGGAAGAGCUCCGAUCUCACUUCCCAUCGCAGAAUUCAUACAGGGGAGAAACCCUAUAAGUGCGUGGAAUGUGGAAAGAGCUUCAGGAAUAGCUCCCAUCUCACUUCCCAUCAAAGAAUUCAUACAGGGGAAAAACCCUAUCAGUGUGUGGAAUGUGGAAAGAGCUUCAGUCAGAGUGCCAAUCACACUAAGCAUCAGAGAAUUCAUACAGGGGAGAAACCCUAUCAGUGUGUGGAAUGUGGAAAGAGCUUCAGUCAGAGUGCCAAUCUCACUAAGCAUCAGAGAAUUCAUACAGGGGAGAAACCCUAUCAGUGUGUCAAAUGUGGAAAGAGCUUCACUGAAAGCUCCUCUCUCACUUUCCAUCAAAUAAUUCAUACAGGGGAGAAACCCUAUCAGUGUGUGGAAUGUGGAAAGAACUUCAGGAAGAGUUCCCAUCUCACUAAGCAUCAGAGAAUUCAUACAGGGGAGAAACCCUAUCAGUGUGUGGAAUGUGGAAAGAGCUUCACUGAAAGCUCCUCUCUCACUUCCCAUCAAAGAAUUCAUACAGGGGAGAAACCCUAUCAGUGUGUGGAAUGUGGAAAGAACUUCAGGAAGAGCUCCUUCCUUGCUUCCCAUCAAAUAAUUCAUACAGGGGAGAAACCCUAUCAGUGCGUGGAAUGUGGAAAGAGAUUCACUCACAACCACAGUCUCACUUUCCAUCAAAGAAUUCAUACAGGGGAGAAACCCUAUCAGUGUGUGGAAUGUGGAAAGAGCUUCAGGAAGAGCUCCUCCCUUACUUCCCAUCAAAGAAUUCAUACAGGGGAGAAACCCUAUCAGUGUGUGGAAUGUGGAAAAACCUUCUCUCACAGCCACAGUCUCACUUCCCAUCGCAGAAUUCAUACAGGGGAGAAACCCUAUCAGUGUGUGGAAUGUGGAAAGACCUACACAUGUAGCUCCUCUCUCACUUCCCAUCGCAGAAUUCAUACAGGGGAGAAACCCUAUCAGUGUGUGGAAUGUGGAAAGAGCUUCACUCACAGCCACAAUCUCACUUGCCAUCAAAGAAUUCAUACAGGGGAGAAACCCUAUCAGUGUGUGGAAUGUGGAAAGAGCUUCAGUCAGAGUGCCAAUCUUACUUUCCAUCAAAGAAUUCAUACAGGGGAGAAACCCUAUCAGUGUGUGGAAUGUGGAAAGAGCUUCAGUCAGAGCUCCUCUCUCACUUUCCAUCAAAUAAUUCAUACAGGGGAGAAACCCUAUCAGUGUGUGGAAUGUGGAAAGAACUUCAGGAAGAGUUCCAAUCUCACUAAGCAUCAGAGAAUUCAUACAGGGGAGAAACCCUAUCAGUGCGUGGAAUGUGGAAAGAGCUUCACUCACAGCCACAAUCUCACUUCCCAUCAAAGAAUUCAUACAGGGGAGAAACCCUAUCAGUGUGUGGAAUGUGGAAAGAGCUUCAGUCAGAGUUCCCAUCUCACUUCCCAUCAAAGAAUGCAUACAAUGGUCAGAAAAACCAUUAUACAGCUUUAGGAGCCAGGCGAAUCCGCACCUUUUUAACCAGGCUUUUGGCUAAUUCACAUCUAAUGCC